GCAAGGCCGUUGUGAAGGUGCAAUAAACAGCGCGGACUGCCUGUGCCUUUAAGAAGUGCAAAUCGAAACUGUAAAGCAUUCGCGGUGUCAAUGUACUGACAAUGAAUUUAAUUGAUAUGGGCUUAAUUCAACACUUGCUGUUGUUUAAUUGCAUAUGGUCUCUUAAAGGUCAAUAUGGAAAUCCUCUGAACAAGUACAUCCACCACUAUGAAGGCCUGUCCUACGACACCAAAGCCCUGCACAGCAACCACCAGCGAGCCAAGAGGGCUGUCUCCCAUGAGGACAAGAUCCUGCAGCUGAACUUCCACGCGCAUGGAAGGCAUUUCAACCUGCGAAUGAGAAGGGAUACAAGCCUGUUCUCUCCAGACCUCAAAGUGGAGGUGUCAGGGGAGGAGAUUCCUUACGACACAUCCCACAUUUACACUGGAGAGCUCUUCGGUGAAAAGGAAACACUCACCCACGGCUCGGUGGUGGACGGCAGGUUUGAAGGCUUUAUCAAGACGCACCAAGGCAUGUACUAUGUGGAGCCCACUGAGCGGUACAUCAGAGCCAAGGACGUGCCCUAUCACUCCGUCAUCUACCACGAGGGGGACAUCCAUUACCCUCAUAAGUAUGGCUCAGAGGGGGGCUGUGCUGACCACUCUGUGUUUGAACGGAUGAGGAAGUACCAGGCCUCGGCUGUGGAGGAGCCUCUGAAGGAGGAAGACCGCUCCCGUGGAUACGGUCCUGUGGUCCUGAGGAAGAAGAGAGCAGCCCAGAUAGAGAAGAACACCUGCCAGCUCUUUAUCCAGACGGACCACCUCUUCUUUAAGUUCUAUGGCAGCAGAGAGGCUGUCAUUGCACAGAUCUCCAGCCAUGUAAAGGCCAUCGACUCUAUCUAUCAGAGGACUGACUUUCAGGGCAUCCGGAACAUCAGCUUCAUGGUCAAGAGGAUCCGGAUAAACACCACCAGUGAUGAAAGAGAUAUAACCAACCCGUUCCGCUUUCCUAACAUUGGGGUGGAGAAAUUCCUGGAACUCAACUCCGAGCAGAACCAUGAUGACUACUGCUUGGCCUACGUGUUCAGCGACAGGGACUUUGAUGAUGGGGUGCUUGGCCUGGCCUGGGUCGGUGCUCCUGCAGGGAGUUCAGGGGGUAUAUGUGAAAAGAAUAAGCUGUACUCAGAUGGCAAGAAGAAGUCUCUGAACACAGGAAUCAUCACCGUGCAGAACUAUGCCUCCCAUGUUCCCCCCAAGGUCUCCCAUAUCACAUUUGCCCAUGAGGUGGGACACAACUUCGGCUCCCCGCAUGACUCGGGGUCGGAGUGCACCCCGGGAGAGUCAAAGGCCCCGGAGAACAAGGAGCGGGGUAACUACAUCAUGUAUGCCCGCGCCACGUCAGGCGACAAGCAGAACAACAACCGAUUCUCCAUCUGCAGUAUCCGAAAUAUCAGCCAGGUUCUGGAGAAGAAGAGGGGCAGCUGCUUUGUGGAGUCUGGCCAGCCUAUCUGUGGCAACGGUCUGGUGGAGGCAGGGGAGCAGUGUGACUGUGGUUAUAGCGACCAGUGUAAAGAUGAGUGCUGCUUCAACGCCAAUGAGCCUGAUGGCAAGAAGUGCACACUCAAGCCUAACAAAAUCUGCAGUCCCAGCCAGGGUCCCUGCUGCACAUUUGACUGCGCCUUCAAGGGCCCUAGUGAAAAAUGUAGAGAGGUGUCGGAUUGUGCUGAACAGGGCAUGUGUAAUGGGAACACUGCCCAGUGUCCUUCAUCACAACCAAAAGCCAACUUCACCACUUGCCAUGGAGAGACACAAGUCUGCAUUAACGGGGGCUGUUCAGGUUCAAUUUGUGAGAAAUAUAAUCUGGAGGUUUGUACCUGUGCUAGCACUGAUGAGAAAGAUGACACAGAUCUGUGCUAUGUUUGUUGUCAGGAGAAAAUGAAACCUGACACCUGCAGCAGCACGGGCUCCGAAAAGUGGAUCAAAUUCUUCGACAAGAAGAUCACCCUGCAGCCUGGCUCCCCCUGCAAUGACUUCAAGGGCUACUGCGAUGUGUUUAUGAGGUGUCGGCUCGUGGACGCAGACGGCCCCCUGGCCAGGCUAAAAAAGGCCAUCUUCAACCCGGAGCUUUACGAGAACAUUGCGGAGUGGAUCGUGGCCCACUGGUGGGCAGUGCUGCUGAUGGGCAUCGCUCUCAUCAUGCUGAUGGCAGGCUUCAUCAAGAUCUGCAGUGUUCACACACCCAGCAGCAAUCCCAAACUGCCCCCGCCCAAGCCACUGCCAGGUACGCUGAAGAGAAGGAGACAGCAGCAAAACAGCCAGCAGCAGCAGCGCCUCCAACGGCAGCCCAGAGAGGCCUGUCAGAUGGGCCAAUUGAGACGCUGAGACGCUGGGCCCCUCUGUGCCUUGGUUCUUCAUAGUGCCUACAGUCAGAACCCUUCACUCCAAAGAGUUACCUGCACCGAUCAUUGCAAACACCCAUCUGCAAAACUAAAACGAGCUAAACUGAUUUCAGUAGACAAAACAGACCAGACCUAACGGACUCAACACCACUGCUCUGAGAGACAGACAAGCUGUCAUUCACACAGCUACACAAGGAAAAUGUUGAGAUCUCUCGGCAAAGACGGGAUAGGAAAUCACUUAUUUCUGUUGUAUGGUCUUUUUUUCUUCCAAAUUUAUUUUUUUACUGGCAUUGUGGUCAUGCAGCAUCUCUCCUCCUGUAGGCUUCCUUUCUUUCCAUCUAGUUUUCCUUUCUGAAGUGCUGCCCUCAUGAGCAGGAAAACAGGACUGCAGGUGACAUGGGUUUUGCUGCCAAUCAAGGCCAGGAAGUGAGACCUUGUAGCAGAAGAGACUAAUUUGCCAAUGUAAUUUAAAUUGUUUUAAAUGAAAACAGGAUGAGAAAAAAACAUGCAGGCUUUUAUUUCUGAAGCGUAAAUGUUCUUUCUGUAAUUGUACAGAUUUUGCUAUAGAUUUUCUUUAACUAUUGAAAUUGAAUUGUUUUCCUGCUGUCGUAUUAACAUUAGUUGCUGUUUAAUUCACUCUCUCAGGAUUAAUAAAACUACAAACAGAUGUAGGGGGAUUGGUGAGAUGACUGAGUAUGGAGGUCCUGUACAGCGUUCCUCUGAAUCGGCGGUUUAAGACUCCUGCUCCUCUAUCUGCACUGAUACCAGUUGGGCUGAAUCAGUCUGGGUCACAUUUAGUAGCUGCUGUGGGGUGGAUCUGAACAGACUCAGUUAUCAGAACAUGGGUGGAAUGGCAACAAAUAGAUCUGAAUAAUAUGAAAGCUUGUCACAGAGGCGUAGAGGCUGCUGUGAUAUUUAGGUUUGAUAUUGUGUUAUAUCAUUGGGCUAGUCAUAAAGUGUCAUUCUGUCAGGGUUGCUUGUAGCGCCGCGGUAUGGGAAUGUGACUGGGUCGAGGAGGAGCUUUUUAAUAAUUUCCUUAAUUGUAUUACAUAUUCUCUUCAGCAAUUCUUUCCUACUCAAUUCGCACUGGUGUCAAUCAAUCUCUGAACAACCACUAAAUACAGCAGAUGAACUAUUCCCAUCAUUCCACAUAAGAGAUUAGGACAGUGCUUUAGCAUACAAGGCUGCCGGGGGGGGGUGGCUGGUUCUACACCUCAAGACUCCGCCAGGGUCUGUCUGGGGCAAUGUAACAGAUUAUCACAGCCACUGCAAUGUGCUGGUUUGUACUUGUCCCUUCUUUGUUCAAAUGCAACUUUGUUUGACCGCAAAAGUGGUUACCUAAAUUAAAUGCAGUUUUAACACUAGAAAGGCCAAGUGAGUCAUUUUGACUCCACCUUCAACAGUUAAACAUCUCCCUGACAUUUAGGUCGUAGUCUCCUCCAUUCCUGACAUUUUCUAAACAUUUAUGUUCUAAUUUAGUUUCUACAACCAUAGUUAGUUUUUUUCCCAGGUUGCCAAACAUUUUCUUUUUUCUGAUCCUCCUACAUAGUCACAUGCAGGUAAUGCAUUUGGAUUUCUGUAUAGUAUACAGAGUAGAGCAGAUGUUGAGGUUUACAAACCAUUGACAAAUUGCUUUCAAACUGAAGUCAAGAUCACUAUUUCAAAUAUCGGUCUGUUUAUAGACACAAUAUAUAUUUUAUAUUUUAAUUGUAAUCAUACACAAUACCUUCCUAAAUACAACCAAAUAAUUAUUUUUAACAGUUUUAGACUAAAUAAAAUGACUCCUCAUUGGCGUGAAGGAGAGACAAAUGAUGUCUGGCCUUUCUAGUGUGAAGUGCAACACCCAUAGUAAUAUUUGAAUGCCCUGUUGUAUACCCAUUUGAACCCAACUUCAGGGAUCUUGUGUACUAAUGGCAUGCAUUACGAGUAUGAUGAAUGGUUAGCCAGAUGAAGAACCUGGAUGGCUUUAAUGUGAUUCUUGUUUUUGAUUCUUUCUUAUUUUUCAGAUUUUAUCAGUACUGAUAUUUGUAUUUGUGGAAUUGUAUUGACCAAGUCCAACAUUCUCUUUUCAUGGCUUAAUGUCUGAGUAUCCAGCUAUGUCAAGCUGCUACAUGUGCAAUGAUAUUGAAAAGGCUACCAGUUACCUGUCACUUUUCUCUCUUUUGCAACCAUUUUCUUGAAAGAGAAUUUCACUUGGCAACUUUUUUGUUAGGUUUUUAAAAGUAGUCCAUAGCAAGGAGGAACUGAUUUAGUUUUCUUUUAACAGCCAUUACAAAUGUCAGAUACAUUUCAGCCUCGCUAGCUUAAAAUCACUGGAGGUUAUAGGGGAAUGUGAGCAUGUUCUUUUGUUCAUGGCUAAAUCACCUUUUAGUGACAUAAUAUACAACAAAUAUGAGUGGAUCUUUGGUGAUUUGGAUAAAACACAUAUUUUUAAACAGGCUAACAGCUCUCAUUGUCUGGUGCUCAAGUUAGGUGAAGUAUGUAUUGAGUGUUUAAAGAACUGAAACAUGGAUGACAGUUUCUCCUAGCCCAUUAACUAUUGUCAGAAUGUUGAGUCGUCUAACAGCAAGUUGAAAUUCUCCUUUCAUUUCAUGUUUGUCCUAGUCUGUGGAUAGUGUGAAGACAAACAAUGUGCCUAUAUGGAGUGGUCAGAUUUUCUGAGUCCAUAGCCGCUCCACCAUCCGUCUGGAGGUCCAUGGGGUUUGUAUUGCAUACCCCUCAAGGACAAACGCAUCAUUCAGAAGGCCGGAUGUCCAAAGAGCCUGUAUCAAUUUGGUGGGCUGAAGUCUCUGGAGGCAUGAGGAGACUGAUUGCAAAAGUCAACGUUGAUUUCUGUGGUCUUUCAGAAGGUCAGCUUGACUAGGGAGAGGACAUGGAAUUAAUGUAUGGUCCUGUUUGCAUUCCUGCCUUUGUGUGGCAGGUGUUGAAAACAUUCCCAAACCUGUUACCAAGGUCUCAAAUAUUUCCCUGAAUGAACAGACUAAUACCCGAAGGUUGUGAGGAAACCCAGAAGUCCUUAGACUUUAAUUUGUUUAUCCCAUAUGAAUGCUAUGGGACCAUUGAUAUGUCUGGCUCAUUAGGACCCAUUAUGCCUUAUCAGGUCGUCCCUAGCCAGUAGAGCAGAACUAAUGACAAGCUGGCCUCUUCACAUACCAUUGCCUUCAUUGUUUCUUCCCAAAACUGGUACAUGAAAAAAUUCAGAUGUAUAUACAUGUAGCCACAUACAAUAUCAAAACUUGCAAAAUUUAAAUUAAUCAUUCCUUUAAUCUUAAAUGUAUUUAUUUCUUUCCUUCUGUUUGGUGCUGGUGGAAAUGGGUUUGUGCUGGAUAAUAAAAGAUUGUUUCUCAUUGCAUUUGCCAUUAGUAAUGGUCUUUGGGGUGUGAUCAUCUUAAUUCUUUGGUAUGAUAAUAUGUGGGUGUAUGGGUGAGGCACCUGGGAUUUGCUUUUCUGUGUUUUGUCUUGCUAAAAUAAAUUGAGAAAAAGUGCACUGAAAUGUAAGUGAUGUAAACCAAGAAAAUCCAGACUGGAAAACAUUUCUGCUGAAUUCUGAAUUCUGCUGUUUGAUUUUAAUGUUUGCUGUGUUUUAUACAGUAUCUUCAGAUGUCUUUGAUUACAUUUUUUCUUCUUGGUUCUGUUAUCCAUUCUAUUCACUUUGAAGAUUUUUACUAAAUUUGCAAAAGGUAUUCUGCCAAGUAUUUAAUUUUAAGUACUUGAAAUGCAUUAAUAAAAAUAGACUUGAUCAAAAA